AUGUCUUCCGUUAAAGAAUUCUCUCUCUUCUGUCUGGAGAACCCUCUCCUCGACAUCCAGGCUCAGGGUGACCAAGCCCUUCUGGACAAGUAUGGCCUCAAGCCUAACGACGCUAUCCUCGCUGAGGAGAAGCACAUCCCUCUCUAUGAAGAUCUCCUAAACAACUACGACGCCAAGCUCAUCGCUGGUGGUGCUGCCCAGAACAGUGCUCGAGGCGCCCAGUACAUCCUUCCUCCCAACAGCGUCGUCUACGUCGGUGGUGCUGGUGAUGACAAGUACUCUGCUAUUCUUCACGAUGCUGUCAAGGCUGCUGGUCUCCGAGUUGAGUACCGUGUUGAUCCCAAGGAGAAGACCGGUCGUUGCGGUGCCAUCAUUACUGGCCACAACCGAAGCUUGUGCACUGAUCUUGGUGCUGCCAACCACUACGAUCUUGACCACCUGAAGAAGCCCGAGAUCUGGAAGCUUGUUGAGAACGCCGAGGUCUACUACGUUGGUGGCUUCCACUUCACUGUCUGCCCUCCUGCCAUCAUGGAGCUUGCCAAGCAGGCUGCUGAGAACAACAAGCCCUUCGUUCUCUCGCUCUCUGCUCCUUUCAUUCCCCAGUUCUUCAAGGACGUUGUCGAUGCCAGUGCCCCCUACUGGGACUACAUCAUUGGUAACGAGACCGAGGCUGCCGCCUACGCCGAGUCCCAUGACCUUCCCAGCAAGGAGCCCAAGGAUGUCGUUAAGCACCUUGCCAAUCUCCCCAAGGAGAACAACAAGAGAAAGCGAGUUGCCAUCGUCACUCAAGGUACCGACCCUACUCUGGUUGCUAUCCAGGGUGAGGACGAGAUUAAGGAGUUCCCUGUCCACGCCAUUGAGAAGGAGAAGAUCAACGAUACCAACGGUGCCGGCGAUGCUUUUGCCGGUGGUCUCUUGGCUGGUAUCCUUCAGGGCAAGCCUCUUGAGACCAGCAUUGACAUGGGUCAAUGGCUCGCUCGUUUGAGCAUCCAGGAGCUUGGACCUUCAUACCCCUUCCCCAAGCAAACCUACCAGGCUGCUUAA